AUUCAAUUCAAUCCACAACAAAAAGCUAUGUCCAAUUUCCCUUACUCUGACCACGACAAAGAGGUUGAUGUUCAUGCACCAGCAUCCACCUACUAUACAACCGGAAAAAACUCUCGGGAUAGACCAAGAGCACAUUCUAGAGUUCAACUUGAAGCUACACCCAAACCCCAUUUUGAUACAACCCGUACUCGAAGAGCCUCGCAUGAUGAUAAAAACAAGCCGCGUCGCUUUCUAGUCGACGUCGAAGAAACUCAGCGCAAGAUCCUCGAGCAGGAAGAUACAGAUGGAGAUUUUCAAAUCACAAUCAAUGAUCUCGGGCCAAAGACACUUGCAUUGGGCACAGAAGACUCUGGGGGCUACCGAAAGUACGAUAUCAGAGGUACCUACAUGCUCUCAAAUCUCCUUCAAGAACUCGCACUGGCCCACGACUAUGGCCGGAAACACAUAGUUCUCGACGAAGCCCGUCUGAACGAAAACCCUGUCGAUCGGCUGUCUCGCAUGAUUCACCACAAUUUCUGGGAUGGUCUGACACGUCGUAUCGACGCAGAUACCAUUGAAGUCGUCUGUGCUGAUCCAAAGGAUCGCUCCGAAAAACCCGUAUUACGCAUGUAUAUCCCUUACGAUGAAGACCAGCAAUAUGAGUACUACCAGAACGUUGCAGAUGAGCGGAAGCACCUCGACCUUCGGGUUAUCCGUCUGCCUCGCGAAAUCACGGAUGAAUACGUCAAGAGCAUCAACGACGCGCCUGGUCUCCUGGCAUUGGCCAUGAAGGAGUAUACUGACCACGAAGGCAAGAAAAAAUUAAAAGGCGAGCCAUUUGUAGUCCCUGGUGGUCGCUUCAAUGAAAUGUAUGGCUGGGAUUCUUAUUUUGCUGCCCUUGGCUUACUGGUCGACAAGCGCCUGGAUUUGGUCAAGAGUAUGGUCGAAAAUUUUGCUUAUCAAAUCAAGCACUACGGAAAGAUUCUCAAUGCUAACCGCAGCUACUACUUGGCACGCUCCCAGCCUCCAUUCUUAACCGACAUGGCACUCAAGGUCUAUGAAGAACUCCCGGCGAGUGAAGAACGCGAGAACAAGGAGUGGCUGAGACGCGUCCUCAAAUCUGCGAUCAAGGAAUACCACACAGUCUGGAUGGCAGAACCUCGACUUGACAAGAAAACCAUGCUGUCUCGCUACCACCCCGGUGGCAUUGGAAUCCCGCCCGAAACAGAAGCUUCUCACUUUAUUCACAUCAUCGAACCAUUCGCACAGAAGCACAACGUGUCGGUCGAGGAGUUUGAUGACUUGUACAAUGAUGGAAAGGUCAAGGAACCUGAGCUUGACGAGUAUUUCAUGCACGACCGUGCUGUGCGUGAGUCUGGCCACGAUACUACCUACAGAUUCGAAAAAGUGUGUGCCAACCUGGCCACAAUUGAUCUAAACUCUUUACUUUACAAGUACGAAAUGGAUAUCGCUGACGCAAUCCGAGACUACCUUGAUGACGAACUGGAAGACUUUGAUGGGAACAAACAGACAGCGGAAGUAUGGCUUGAGAGAGCCAAGCAAAGACGUGUUCGGAUUGAUAAGUAUCUCUGGAACGACAAGGAAAACCUUUACUUUGACUAUGACACUGUCAAGGAGAAACAGGCAACAUACGAGAGUGUGACAGCCUACUGGGCGCUUUGGGCUGGAUGUGCAAGUGCAGAACAGGCCGCAAAGUUGGCACGGCACUCGCUUGCAAAGUUUGAAGUCAUUGGUGGACUGAUAUCCGGUACAGAAGCAUCACGAGGCCAGAUUUCAAUUGAACGACCUAACCGUCAAUGGGAUUUUCCCUUUGGUUGGGCACCUCAUCAAAUGAUGGCCUGGGUGGGUUUUGAAAGAUAUGGAAUGCAAGAUAUUGCCCGUCGUCUAGCAUACCGCUGGUUAUUCACGAUCACCAAGAGUUUUGUGGACUUUAAUGGCGUUGUGCCAGAAAAAUUCGACGUGGUCGGCUUGACCCAUAAGGUUGAAGUGGAGUAUGGCAACGUUGGCACUGAUUUCAAGUUUGUCCCACGCGAAGGAUUUGGGUGGAUGAAUGCAUCUUACCAAGUCGGGCUCUCAUACCUCAAUGUCCAGAUGCGCCGUGCACUUGGAACAUGUACCAACCCAGAUUUGCUGUUUGAGAAGCAAUUAUUACUCCAAGGCAAGCGCCAAUCUAAGGAGGAAAUGGACCGUGCAAUGCACUACCGCCGCAAGUCUGAGAUUGCUGUUCACAAACUUACAGAGGACGGCGAUCUCGAUGGGGCUGUCACUAGAAUUGUUCCGGAAAAUCACCCAUCACACGUUGAUGACAAAGGAUUCCUUAUGCCCUGAAUAAUAUAAACUAUAUUACAUUACACUCACUACACUUCACACACAUAACAAACACACAUGCUCUUUAAAGAAAAUAAUCAUAAUCAUAAUAAAAAAAGAAGAUAAUACACCUU